AUGGCGAAUCCUCCGCAGGCCACCACUAAACCUCUUCGUAGGUCAGCUAUCAAACCACGAAAGACAUUCAGAGAAUUAUUUCUCCAUCGACUUCCUAACUACAAUGGACCUUACAAUGUUGGAUAUAUGGACAUCGAAGUUCCAGUUCGCGAUCCCCGACCUGUUUCCAAACUUCGAAGAAACGGGAAACCAGUCCUUCGACUGGACACGAUCCUGAUGGGAAUAUACUAUCCGUGUGAUUUACAAACUUCUAGUGGUGCAGAAAAGCCCCACCGCGUCGACUGGAUGCCACGACCAAGAGCUGCAACUGCCAAGGGCUACGCCAAGUAUCUUCAUAUUCCAGCGCUCCCAGUUACGGCCUACCUUGCCUGCACCUCCCUCUUCACAAAGCUGCCUGCAUUUCGAAAUGCCAAACUGGCUGCCCACUGGCCGGAAGACAUAUGCAAUGAUUCUGGUCCAACCGGACGGAAGGCCAGGGAGGACGAGGAAGAUCCUACAAGUCGGCCAAAAUUUCCCGUCAUCAUCUUCAGCCAUGGACUUGGUGGUUCGCGGCUUUGCUACAGCUCAAUUUGUGGAGAGCUUGCGAGCUUCGGAUUCAUUGUGGUAGCGAUAGAACAUCGUGAUGGCAGCGGUGCGAGGACAUAUGUCAGUCUUCCAAGCAAUGUUGAGGCGGCUGCUAUAGAAUCGUCAACGGCCGAAAUACACACAAAUAACGAUGGCAAGGAAAAUGAUGCCAAAGAUAAGAAGGUUCAACGUCAAGGGAAGGAAGGGUCGAAUCCAUACUAUGUUGUCGACUAUAUUCUCCCCAAAGACAAUGCCCAGGACACCUCUCCUCACAACCGCAGAGGUGUUGAUCACACUUUGAGAUCGGCUCAAAUUGAAUUGCGGCAAGAAGAGAUAAAAGAGGCCUUCUAUAUUCUCGAUCUACUCAAUUCUGGUCAUGGAGACGAUAUUGCGUCUCUGAAUCUCCGAAAGAAAGGCAAUGUGGCAUCCAGCUCCGUGGGUCUCAAUGGCGUCAACUGGGAAGACUGGGAAGGCAGUAUGUUUCUAAAUAAUGUCACUAUGAUGGGACACUCGUUCGGAGGUGCGACCACGGUCCAGAUUUGCCGCGAUCAUACGCUGGAAUGGAUAGGUCAGGGAGUUAUUCUGGAUGCCUGGGGUCAAGCAACGCCUCCGGCUGGAGAAAAUCGAAAAGAAAGGAUCGCGAAGCCGCUUAUAUCAAUCUCAUCCGAGGUUUUCAUGCACUGGAAAGACAAUUUUGAUAAAGUCGUCGAAUUUAGUGAUGAAGCGCGUGAAUCUGGGGCAUUGUGCUGGAUGCUCACAAUCGUUGGAUCAACUCAUCUCGCAAUGACUGAUCUCGCCGUGCUUUAUCCUCAAUGGAUGUCAAUACUAAUGAAGUCCAUGGUUAAUCCGACACGGGCAAUCUCUCUCACCAUCACGGCAUCCUUGGAAUUUUUGAAGAUGGUAUUGCCUCCGGAACAGACCAAAUACAACAUGUGGGCGGACGAGCAACUGCUACAAUCUGCAGAGCAACCACCCGAACCCACAGAGCCUCUUCGGACGGACCACGCACCUGAUCACAAAUGGGUUGCUGUUCGCCUCAAGAUACCCAAUGAAUUCUCAGUACGGGUGAAGGCAUGGUUUCGUCGUACUUGGCGGUUCGUUAUUUGUGCUGGGCGUGAGGUGGCCGACCUCGCCCAUGGCUUGCAUGAUUUCGGGGAGCAGGAAGAAAUCUGGACACACAUGUGCCCUACUCACGAAAUGGUGGAAGAAUACAUGAACCAAUUUCGAUGA